AUGGACCCCGUAAUGAAUACUCUCGGAGAGGAUGAUCAAAUGAAGGAUCGAAUCCUUUUGAGAGACAAUUUCAAAGGAGCAGUAUCAGAACCACUGAAAGUACUUGAGUCUAAGCCAGAAACUACCUACACUAGCGAUGACCUGGCUAGCCUUGUUUCACUGAGUCAAAUUUCUGUUUUUCAGCCUUUCCCACUGGACGAGUUCAAAAAGUUCACCCUCGAGCCUAAUGACGAUGAUAGCACCUACCACAACUUUCUCGAAAUAUAUGACCGUCCAUCUAAAUCUCAAGCUCGUCGGGACUAUCUAAGAGCAGAGGAUGUCAUCAAAGGGAGAGGAGAGUAUGAUAUCUUUGAGGAGCACGAUUCAUGGCAGGAUUACAUCCACCAGAGUUCCUCUUUAGAUCGCCCCGUGGCCUUCCACGCUGCAGAAUUCAUUCAAACUGAGAGUGGAUAUCAGAGACGAUACACCAAGUAG